CGGCCGCGGCAACACAACAAGAGCCACACGCGCAAGCGCAAGCAUACACUCGAAACGCAGCACACAAGAUGGCCGCCGCCGGGGACGAGCCGCGCCGCUGCCACGUUGUCGCGGUGCCGUUCCCUGGCCGGGGCCACGUCAACGCCAUGAUGAACCUGUGCCGAAUCCUCGCCGCGCGCGGCGCCACGGCCACCUUCGUCGUCACCGAGGAGUGGCUCGGCCUCCUCUCCUCCUCCUCCGCCUCGCCGCCGCCGCCCGGCGUCCGCCUCCGCGCCAUCCCCAACGUCAUCCCCUCCGAGCACGGCCGCGCCGCCGACCACGGGGGCUUCCUCGACGCGGUCUCCACCGUGAUGGAGGCGCCCUUCGAGCGCCUCCUCGACCAGCUCCUCGAGGAGGAGGGGGAGAAAGAGGGGACCCCGCCGGUCUCGGCGCUCGUGGCCGACACCUACUUGCCGUGGGUUGUGGGCGUCGGCAACAGGAGGGGCGUCCCGGUCUGCUCGCUCUUCCCCAUGGCCGCCACCUUCUUCUCCGCCUACCACCACUUCGACUGCCUCCCGCCUUGCCUUGCCGACAAGCACGACCCGGCCUCCGGUGUGACAACGGAUAAAUCUGAUCAGAGACUUGAGCACUAUAUCUCGGGCAUGGCUUCAAGUUCAGUGACCUUAUCUGAUCUUAAGCCCUUAAUUCACAACGAGAGAACAGUAAAGCAUGUCAUAGCAGCUGUCUCUAGCAUCAGGGACGCACAUUGCCUCCUAUUCACCACUAUGUAUGAGCUUGAGGCCAGUGUCAUCGACUCCCUAACAUCAGUACUCCCCUGUCCAGUUUUCCCAAUUGGGCCAUGUGUACCGUACCUCACCCUCGAAGACCAGCAUUCGAAUCCCAACCUGACCCUCGAAGACCAGCAUUUGAAGCCCAACGGAGAAGUUACCAGUUCAGGAGACUGCUUCACCUGGUUGGACUCUCAACCUGUGAACUCAGUGUUAUACGUCUCCCUUGGCAGCUUUCUCUCCGUGUCUGCAUCUCAGCUUGAUGAGAUUGCAUUGGGCCUUGCAGCAAGUGAGGUCAGAUUCUUAUGGACUCUUCGUGAACAAUCUCCUCGGGUGCGGGAACUUGUUGGCGACACCACUAGGGGCAUGAUAUUGCCAUGGUGCAAUCAGUUGAAGGUUUUGUGCCAUCCUUCAGUUGGGGGCUUCCUGACGCAUUGUGGGAUGAACUCAACGCUUGAAGCUGUCUUCGCUGGUGUACCUAUGCUCACCUUACCAUUGUUCUUUGACCAACCAAUUGAUAGCCGUCUAAUUGUUGAAGAAUGGAAGGUUGGGCUGGAGCUGCGGGAUUGGACUGGUAAGGAUCACCUGAUUGUGAGCGAGGAGGUCGCGAGGGCUGUCAAGAGGCUGAUGGCCUCUGACGUAGCUGAUACGGAGGAAAUAAGGAGAUGUGCCCUUGGGUUGAAAGAGGUUUCUGGCAGAGCAGUCAAAAAGGGUGGAUCUUCAUAUCGCAAUCUCAGUUCAUUGAUGGAGAUGUUGUGUUCGAAAACUGAUCCUUGAAAUGUAUAAUUUGUUCAGCCAUUUGUUUGUCAUUGUUGUAUCAUCAAUCCAAUGUAUCUUGCAGUAGAAGUAGCCAGCAAAUGAGGAUUUAUGUUCACCCUUUGUUGUAUGUUGCAGUAGAAGUAGCCAUCAGAUGAGGAUUUUAUGUUCACCCUUUGUUGUAUCAUCAAUUCAAUGUAUGUAACAUCAUCGACUUACAACAUAAAUCCUCGGAAUCAUGAAAAAAA